AUGAACCGUAAGCCAUUGCAGCCUAAUGGUCAGGACGAAGGGGCUAAAAGACCAGUCAUAAACAACAGCCCCCCUCGCGAGAGCCCACCAGCUAAUUCUGUUAUUUCUCUUUUAAGCACAAACGUGCUGUCCCCUAUAGAAGAUAAGCUCUGGCUUUCGAAAGGGCCGCCCUCUUUGGACGGCUCCCUUGAUCUAGGGGCGCGGCCCAAGCUUAACCUGGACACGAUCCUCGCGCUGCGCCUGCCCAUAGACGUAUGGGAGUACAUUUCCUAUUUUCUUUCCUACACGGAGCUUCUCCGGCUCGCCGGGACCUGCAGCAUCCUGUGGUAUCCAAUCCUCCAGCGCGACAGCAUCUGGGAGCAGCAGCUUUCCUUUUGGCAUCGCAAUAUUAUGGACCUUCGCUGCGGCGCCCUGCUGCUGACCGCCUUUGUCUUUGGCGAGAAAAGCAGCGGGUACGAGCGCUUUAAACGACAGCGCCGGCUCUACGCCCUGGAUGCGCAUCGGGAAUGGCACUUUCGCGAGAUGGAGAGCCUUGAAGACGCCAGGACGGGGUUCUUUACGGUUCCCCUGCACCUAGGACAAGAAAAUACGGAAAGCGACGCGGCGGCUCCCAUCGCAUUGGAGCCCCUCUGCUUGAAGCUGGGCCGCGCGACGAAAGACCACACCUCGCGGGUGCCGAUGCCAGCCGUCGGGCAGCCUUUUCUCGGCGUCAAUGACUCCACACAAAGGCUGAGAAUAUGGCAUCCGAUACGUCCUGGUGAAGACUUUUCGAACGAUUGGGUUAACGGUGCAGCUCCUAGAAACACACCAAUAAAGCCCCAAUGUGAUUCAAUGGGAGAAGGAUUGGGGGAUUACGUGCUGGAUGCCCCGGCUUCGCUUGAGGAAGAGGAAGCGAUGCUGAACUACGCUUUGGCAUGUUCAGAAGCUGAAAUGAGUGGCCUAGCGCCGCCGCCGCCGCUGUUUGCCUUGUCGUCCCAUAAAAGUAGCAGAGGCAAUACCUCCAAGGACAACUCUCGACUUUCAUGGAGUGGUUCGCCGUUCAACCCUUCUCCGGGAAGCUCCUUUGCAAGGUGCCCUUGCAUGAAACCAAGCGAAAUAAUGACUUUGAUUGAUAUGAUAAACAGCGGAACAACCGCCCAAUCCCUCAUCCCGCUUGUGGACACCACCAAGCGGGAGGACGAGCUGUUUCUGCUCGCCAUGGGGGAGACCCUCAAAGGGGCGAGGCGGCGGCGACUGCACCUCGGCAACCACCACCGCGCGCUCGCCAAUAAUGGCCAGACGACGCGGCACCGGCUAGGGCCUCCCGCGGCAGGGACGAAUCAAAGCCUUUUUCGCUCUCCCUCGCCCCCUUUUUAUUCUUCUUAUCAAACAGAAAGAUCCCCUUCCUCCCCCGAAGCGGAUAUGGACGAGGGGAAUGGUAGAAAUGGAAAUGGGAAUGAAAACCGGCAAACAGCGGCUAUGUCAGGCCCCACAACGCCAUCCGCCCAGCUCCCACCGCCCCCGGUCAACUCCAUGCUACGAUGCUUUACAGGGGUGCUUAUGGAGAUUCACAAACGGGAGGCGUACCAGCUUUGUGAGAAAUUCCUCGGCAGCUCGAAACUCCUUGACGACUUUAUCCUCUUCCACACCACUAUUAACCCCUGGUUAUGUGGAAAGAGGGGGGGUAACUUGGCGUCGUCAGCGUUUGGCGCGGGAACGCGAUUUUUUAUGUUGCCGGAACUAUGCCGGAACGGCCGAAUUGGACUCCUUGUAGUGGAUAUGGUUCGCAUGUUGAUCAUCGUGGAGGAUGAAAAGACGGCGCGCGACGACCCCGCGUGGAUGCAUGGGUACGCGCGUGUCGACCGUAGUGGUCGCUUGGUGAUGCCAGGCUCUGGACACAACGCGCAAUACUAUGAGCGUAGCGAACUGCGUCCGUUGUAA